CUCGAGCCCUGGGAGCGGCGUCUUGACUGGCGGCGCUAGGACCCCGUGGGGAGCGGCAGGGGCGGAGCAGGCGGCGCCAGGACCCGGGGGAACCGCGGCGGGCGGGCGGCGAGCAGGCCCCGGGGCCGGGAGGCUGCGGGCGGCGGCGCUGGGCCCGGCGCGGCGAGAGAGUCCCCGAGAUGCCGAGCAAGAAGAAGAAGUACAACGCCCGGUUCCCGCCGGCGCGGAUCAAGAAGAUCAUGCAGACAGACGAAGAGAUUGGGAAGGUGGCGGCGGCUGUGCCUGUCAUCAUCUCCCGGGCACUCGAGCUCUUCCUGGAGUCGCUAUUGAAGAAGGCCUGCCAGGUGACCCAGUCCCGAAAUGCCAAGACCAUGACCACAUCCCACCUGAAACAGUGCAUUGAGCUGGAGCAGCAGUUUGACUUCUUAAAGGACCUGGUGGCAUCUGUGCCUGACAUGCAGGGGGACGGGGAAGACAACCACAUGGAUGGGGACAAGAGUGCCCGCAGAUGGACUGUACCUUCUCGAAGGGGCCGGAAGCCAGGCAGCAGUGGCCGGAAGAACGGUGGGAUGGGAAGCAAAGGCAAGGAUAAGAAGCUGUCGGGGACAGACUCGGAGCAGGAGGAUGAGUCUGAGGACACAGACACCGAUGGGGAAGAGGACACACCGCAGGCCCCACCCCAGGCCAGCCACCCCCCCGCCCACUUACAGAGCAGUGCUGCUCCUAGGCAUACGUCCACCAAAAGACACGUACAAGAAUGGCCACAGCCUCCCACUGGAAACAACCCAAAUGCCUGUCAACAAGAGCACGAAUAAAUGGUAGGGUAUUGUACAACAGAACAAUGAAAAAGGGCGAACCACUGUUACACGCAACAUCGUGGGUGAAUCUUGGAGACCUUAUGUUGAGCAAACGAAGCCAAACACAAAGAGCACACACCGUGACGUAAUUCAUUUAAAUCAAGUUCAGGGACAGGUGAAAUUAAUCGAUGGUGAUGGAAUUCAGUAUAAUGGUUACCUCGGGGUGGGAGUUGACUGGGAAGCAGCCUUCUGGAAGUGUUCCACAGCUUGAACUGGGUGGUGGUUGUAUAUAAAAAUGUAUUAAGCUGCACACUUAAGAUGCAUGCACUUUUAUGAUAGCCUCAUAAAAAUUGUAUUUAUUUUAUCCAUCUAUUGAGAAGCUAUUGCACACUAGACACUAUUCCAGGUAGUGGCGAUUAUGUGAACAAAAUGUUCCUGGAGUUUAUUUCUAAAGUGGAGAGACAGACAAUAAAAGAGAUAAAUGCA